UGUAGUCAAAGCGCGUGCGGUAGUAGUUCUGCUCUCAUCUGCGGCAACAUGGCUGACGAAACGGCGAAAGCACAGAUCGCUCAGCCGGGCGGAGACACGAUAUUUGGUAAAAUCAUACGCAAGGAGAUUCCCGUGAAGCUCCUGUAUGAGGACGAGCAGUGUGUAGCCUUCCCUGAUAUUUCUCCUCAAGCUCCCACUCACAUCCUCGUCGUCCCUAAAAAGCCAAUCGUUCAGCUGGCACAAGCAGAGGAGACGGAUGCUGCAUUGUUGGGCCACUUGUUGAUAGUCGCCAAAAAGUGUGCUCAUGAUGCGGGUCUGUCCAACGGCUACAGAAUCGUCAUCAAUGACGGGUGUGAUGGAGGCCAGUCCGUCUACCACAUCCACGUCCACGUCCUGGGUGGACGCACCAUGAAGUGGCCCCCUGGCUAACCUCCGCCACCCGGCACAGAUCCAUCCUGCCAUCCUGUGCAUGUCUGUUAGUCUGCAAACAAGCACUGUUCGAUUUAGACUAAAUCAAGUUGCAUGUGAAACUUGACGUCACGUGUCAAAGGAAACCUGGGAAAUCACUCAUAGUAAUAAAAUACACUUCACAACAACA